CAUGUGUUCUGUCCCUACAGUGUAUGUUUUCCUCGUUUUGAUGUAGUUCUUCGCUUCUUUCGUCGCCGAUGCCCUAAGUCGCAUGCGGUACGCGCCUUGGAGAGGCCCAGCAUUGGCCUCCUUGAGGAUUCAUCGCCGAGGCGGCACCUCUUUGGCAGGUCGGCCCGAGGUGCAGUAUCGCGAGGCACCUAUCAUUACUGCGGAUCUGUUGCCGCAGCCGAUCAACCUGCAGAAGUUCCGGGACUUGGUCAACACCGAUCGGAGCACCACCCUGAAGUGGGGCCAGGGCAAGGUCUUGUUCUGUGAUGGCUUGGGCGGCACCGCCAGCAGCGCCGUGCUCUUGGCCGAGGGCUGUGUGGUGUGUUGGCAAGCCACGGAGGCACAAAGGCGGCUUUUGCUGGAGAAGGCGGCCAGCUGCCCCGAGACCCGUGGCCGGCGCUUCCGCUCCUUGGGCGAAGCACGCGAAUCCUUCGGCUCACCACGCUCACCAGCUGUGAGCAGCGAAACGUUGGACCUGGGCGAGGCCGCGCCAGGGCAAAAGACGCACAUGAGCUCCAAUGGGAAGCUUGCCUUGAGCAUCGAUCCCGAGGAUCGCACCAUGGACCAGAUCGCCGUGUCACUGGGCAUGGCCGUCGCCGUGCGAUUGGAAUCCCUAGAGGAAAAGAUCGAGAAUUUGCUGGAACAAGAUUGGAAGGCACUGGAGCGACUGGUGAAGCGUUUGGAAGACCCCUGGUACUUGAUGGUGAGCCUGAAAGACGUCUCACAUCGGAUUUUCAAGUACGAGCACAUGAUCCACAAGUUGCGUUACGAGCUCAACGCCGAAGCGGGUCUGCUGGACUCGCCCGAUCUUUUAUGGGAGAAUGCCACGGCGGAGAAGCUGCAUGAUAAGGUGGUGGCCCACUUCGAUGUGCGGCGGCGAACGGAGGUGCUGAACCAACGGCUGAGCUACUCUUUGGACUACCUUCACACCUUGGGAGAACAUGUGAGGCACCUCCAUUCGGUUCGCCUGGAGAGGAUGAUCAUCAUCCUCAUCACCCUGGAGUUGGGGGUGGGCAUCAUGGGCCUCUCUCCAAAUCUGGCGAGUUGGCCGAGCCUGGUCCUGGCCCAGCAUGGACUGUUCUAGCAUUCCUCUCCUCAGCGAAGCGACAGAACACUGGAAGGCCUACGGAACAGGGGACAUUCCGCCCUCUUUGGUGCCCGACCACCAAAGAGGAAGGCGUGCAGAGAAAAGCCUUAAAGCGGGUGUCUCACCAUAACAAGCCGAUUCCUUCAGCACCCUGAGUGGAAGUGAAGAACAUACCAAAGUACACGUUGAAUAUCGUUGAAACAUCGUUUGGGUCGUAGCUGAGUGGCUUCCCUGACAUGUGUUUCUUCGAUCUAUUCCUGCCCCUAUAGAAGUCCAAUCUUUUGCUCUGCUGAAGUUCCAGGAAUUUAGACUCGUGUCCUCUCUAAAGACCAGGACUCCCAAUAACUAUAGGUCUUCACCGCAUCACCAGUUCUCCACUCCGGCUUCCCAAAGGAGUGCCACGCCAACCGUGGUCGCGGUGUUUCUCCGGGUUUCACCGGUUUGGUGACCGCUGAGACCAGGAGGGCUUUCCCUCCGGUGCUGCCGGAGUGGAAACCGCUUCCAGCUUGCUUCGGUUUCGCAGAGGAAAAAGACAGCAACAGAGCAUUGGGAAAAUGGGAACCUCAUGCGUGCACGCACAAGCGAAAGUAACACAUCGGUGCUGCAUGUCUACCUUCCAAGCCUUCGCGCAAGAGCAGCACCCGAGAACGGUCUAAGACGGACAAAAACC